UUGAAGAACCCUUAUAAACCCUAAAUUCUGCUGCUUUGCCCUUUUCUCUAUCAUCACAAACAACUCAUCUGCCGCGAAACCAAAUCUUGCCGGAAAACGCCGCCGGAGUUGUUCGUCGUCUUCCAGGAUUUCCGAUAAGUUGCACAAUGCAGUCAAAAGAAGCAUCAUCUUCAAUGGAAGUUGACACUGUCCCAUCUGAAGCAAAGGUUUUGCCUCCAAAGCCAAAGUUUAAGCCUCUGAAACCUCAUGAGAUGGCUAGUGGACAGGUUCAGUUUCGUAAGGUAUCAGUUCCACCACAUCGUUAUACACCUCUCAAGAAAAUUUGGAUGGAGAUCUAUACUCCCAUUUAUGAGCAGAUGAAAAUUGACAUCCGGAUGAAUUUGAAAGGUCGAAAAGUUGAGCUAAAGACAAGGCCUGAUACUCCUGACAUCAGUAACCUGCAAAAAUGUGCUGAUUUUGUCCAUGCUUUCAUGUUGGGUUUUGAUGUCAUAGAUGCUAUUGCUAUUUUGCGUUUGGAUGAGCUCUAUGUUGAGUCCUUUGAGAUCAAGGAUGUUAAGACACUUCGAGGAGAUCACUUGUCCCGUGCUAUUGGAAGAUUGUCUGGAAAAGGUGGUAAAACCAAGUUUACAAUUGAGAAUGCAACAAAGACAAGAAUUGUGAUUGCUGACACCAAAAUUCACAUUUUGGGAUCUUUUGCAAACAUCAAGGUUGCUAGGGAUAGUCUUUGUUACCUAAUUAUGGGAUCACCAGCAGGAAAGGUCUAUUCCAAAUUGAGAGCUAUUACUUCUAGGAUGGCAGAAAGGUUUUGAUCUAGUGAUGAGGUCUAAAAUAGAGUGAUUUAUGAGUGUUUUUUUAUUUAUUGUUACAGAAAUAUCAAAUUUUGGUUUUUCUUGUCAGAAUUACUGUCUUUUUUCUUUGAACUUCGUCUUAGUAGUGUUAUCGUUUUCAAUUGUUAAUUCCUAUUCCCUUUGGAAAGGGAGAACAUCAUCAAAAUCAAUCAAUUGCAAAGUGUUGUAUUCUUCCUGUCAAAAAAAAGUGUUGUAUUCUAGACAAAAAUAACUAUAUAUUUGUGUUCUAUGAGUUUGAGUCUCA